GGCUAUCGACUAUUCUUUUCAAACUAGGCCACGAAUGCCCCCGAAGAAAAGUCCAAAGGCAAACAAGAGGAUUGCAGGAUUGGCAUUCAGACGUAAUCUUGGACUUGUGCUCGGACUUAAAAACCUUGGCAACACGUGUAACGCGACACUACAGAUGUUAGCUAGAGAUUCAGUGAUAGAUAAACUUAUUGAAAGCUGCUGCAACCAACAGAAAACCGAGAAGGAAACGAGGGCCAGAACAAGUUCGGAUGAUGAAGUCACCAUUCUACCCUCUAUCGCCCUCUAUCGCUCUUAACUGCGAUGUUCAAAAUGUUGCGGAGACAAUGAGGGAGUUAAGGGACGUUGGCUCAAAUACAUGUCCAGUCCGACCUGAGAGUGUUCUUGAAUUCCUUCGAAAGCAUAGCGGGAUGUUUGCUGCAGGAAUGCAACAUGACUCUCAAGAGUGUUUUGCAGUUCUACAGGAGCAUUUGUUUGCCCAGCUACCAGGUGAAUCUCGUCUAAAGGAAUCAAUCAUCACCAACCGCAGAUGUCUAAAGUGUGGCUUCAGAAAGUGGCAUCAAUCGAAGAUUUUCUCACACUUCCCGUUGCUCUACCGGAGCAUGGGGAAAGCUUGGGCGAGUCAUUGGAUUGAUAUUUCUCUGAUGAGGUUUUAGAAGGGAAUAAUAAAGUGUAAGUGUGAAAAUAAGUUACGGAUAUAUAACUGAUGAACAAUGGCCUUUUUCUAUAUAGUUGUAAAACGGCUCUGUAGAGUUUGAGCACUACAGUUAUUUUGUCAGCUUCAGAGUGACGUGUUCUUACUACUUUUUUCAUGCAUUUCAAGUCAUCUUUGCCAGGAUUCACAAGUUACGGUAAAACAAAAAAUAAAAACGCUUGCAAAAACACCGCGACAUACAUUCCUUAAAAAUGGUCUUGCGGGCAGGGUAGCUGUCAGGUGCGUAACAAGGAUUUGCUGAGGCGGGAUGCAUACAACACAUUCUUAAAUAUUUUGAAUUAUUCUCAUUUAGCAUUUUCCGCUAAAUAUGCGACUUAAUCUUUAAAAAAACCUCAAGAUUCCGCCGGAAUCUAGAAAUUUUUGGAACCAAAGACAGCCGUACUGUUGAAACUAUUAAAAAGAAGCUCGAAGUGCAAUAAAUGCAAAGAUAUAGCCUGGUUUCUGUUGGAGAAUGACAAAAAACAAGCAAUCAACAAAUCUAUUGAUUUCAACUGCAUGAUUUUUAAUUUUAUUUUUUAACUUCUUUUUACACUAAAUUUAGCAAAGGGUAUCGAAUCAUCAUGCUACCUGCCAUCAUAUUUCCUAAUUCUAGCUACAACGUUUAUCUUCUUGCAUGAAUAAGGCAAAAGGAACACAAUAUCGUCUUCAAGGGUCUAUGUUUUUAUGAAAAAACAAAACAAUUCGACCGCACGUUCAGUAAAAUCUGUUUAUAGUGUCAUUUUAAUAUAGAAAUUACUGCAUUUCCUCUUGAAUGAAUAUCAUUCCGA